AUGCGUGAAGUUCGUCUUAAUUUAAACGAAAGUGCGAAAUUAGUAAUAGAAAGAGGGAAGAUUAUAGAGUUGUUGGAAUUGACGAUUAUUUUUCUUGGGGGAGUGCAUCCUCGAGGAAUUUCUUUAAGAGUACCCGGAGCCAUCCAUCAUGCCAGAUGGAUGGCAAAAGCUAUAUACUGUUUUAAAAUAUUUUUAUUCCGAAGUCAAUUUCGUUUAACACAGAGAGAAGAAAUGUCUAUUGCCAGUGUGUGUGUCUUCAUUAUUCGACUAUACAUAAAAGCCUGGUUUGUUGCACCUAUGGCUUCGAGAGCACCUUACCAAGAUCUAAAUUUUUUAAAAGAUUUAAUAAGAUACCAGUCUAUUGAUAAAAGUAUAUCUGAAGUCACAAUUAAAAAAAUGUGUGGCCAUUUGUGGUAUCUAUCACCCGAGGCAGCUGCGUUAUCGUUUUUCGAUCCACACGUACCAGUAGACACAAAAAGAAAAAUGAUAGCAGCUCUUAAUAUGGAUACAGAAGAAGAUAAUAUAAACCGAUAUGUUUUGAACCCAAAAGAGUCUAUUGGUAUAUUAAAUAAAGGCCUUGAAGAUUUUAUUUGUGUGAGCUCAAUGCAAUUCUUUAAACGUUUCAAAAUAAAUACUGACUUUCUUACGACUGACCCAUCAAAAUGGAACGAUGAUGAACAUUUUAAAAAAUCUACUGCUAUUGUCACCAACAUAAAUGUAGUCAAUGAUAUUGCUGAAAGAGGAGUUAAACUUAUAGAGGAAUACAAUACAAAAAUUACCAAUGAUGAAACUCAAAAACAAUAUUUGCUCCAAGUUGUGUGUGACUACCGUAAUAAAUACCCAGACUCCAAGAAGAGUACUAUUUUACAAAAAAUGUUUUAA